CCGUCAUCAAACUGUCUUCUAUCGUUCCGUAACGCGCCCGUUGAUAGUCAACCCCGCGCCCGGCCAUUGCCACCUACCAAGUUGCACCUCCAGACUUGCCGUCCACCAAAGGCUCGCCACGCGUUCGAGCCAGCCCGGCACCCUGCGCCUGCCAUCCAUUGCAUCAGGGUGCUGCCCCUCGAGUGUCAAGCACAUCCCCGUCGCGGUCAAUAAUUCGAUUAACGCGUCUCCCGCCCUCCUCCAUGGCCAUAUAUAGCGCCGUGCCUCCGCCGGAGGAACUCGUGUCGAACCAGUUGCCGCCGCAGACACCCUCGACGCCCGUUACCAAUGGCGCCAUUGACAUCGACGCCUGGACGAUCCAGGCUCUCCAAUCGUUGAGCAUCUCCCCCGUCGCCCGCGGCACCGGCACCCCCCUCGCCAUCAACAUCGACGACUGCAAGGUCACGGUCAAGACCGAGGCUCGCGCCCUUGACCCCGCCCGGUCGAAGACGCCAGACGUCCCGCGGCGGCCGCCGUCUGCGCGGGACAGUCAGCGCAAGCGGGACGCUCUUCUCCGAGGCAAGGAGGGCAGCCGGCAACGGCGUCGCUGGGAGAACGAUCGUCUCAUCGGGGUUCCAAACGUGCAACCGCCGUUGCCGUCCGACUGGGAGGUCCGUCCGGCUCACCCCGUCCGCCGCGUUCCAUAUCAGCUCGCCCAGUUCUGGGACCGAGGCGUGCGGCAGCGGAUUGAAGACAAGACGUCGGCUCUCCAGGCCGCCCGCAAGAAGCAGCAGCGCAAUGCCGGCAGCGCCACCGGCCUGGGUGUCGGCGAGGUGCCCCGCGAUCUGAGGGAGUCGGCCAAGCGCAACCCGGUCAUCCGGAGCUGGGUGCGAUCCCUCGAAGAUCCCGUGCGGCAAUACCUCGUCGACGAGCAAGGCCGCCGCCGACGGGGCGAGACAGAGCAGCGGUCAGACAGCAUCGAAACCGACGACGAGCUGGACUCUGAGGACGAGGAGAUUGUCUUUGUCGGACGUAAGAGCGCGAUGAGGGAGCUCAAGGAGAAGCGGGAGGCGAGGCAUAAAAUGGCCCGGCGCGAAGUUGAGCACGAGACUGUUGAUUCGGGCCUCGUCUUCGACUCGUUUGGCGAGGGCGAAAACGCCGCCUUCAAGCGCUGGCUCACCCACUCCAUUUCCGACUACUACGGCCUUGCAUCACGGUCCGUUGUUGUUCGCAACUCGUGCAAGGUCGUGUACGUUGGCCUGCAUCAAGGUCACCACCUGUCAAAGCCCUCCUUUGGGAGUCUGCCCGUGCCGUUGUGGCAGUUGUGCUAAGUUGCCGACUCGAAGCGACAUUUCUCUUCGCCGUCGGUUGCUCCACGACGGCAAUUUUGAUACACGACUGUACUCUGUGCAUAAAGAACUGAUACAGGAUAUACGGUAUACCCAGAACGGGUAGUAGAUGUCUUCUUGGGCCGGCUCAGUGGGCUAUGAUCCCCUGCUAUGGCCAAGUCGCAAGUGCUGUUACCAUAUAACAAGCAAAAGUGCCAAGAUCUACGCAAUGAAUCCCGUGUCGGCCCCUGUCAAAGCCAGGACCUACCCAGCAGCCUGCUACAUCUGGCGAGCGCUUUAUGCCCUCCUAGCACGGUGCCAUACUUUGCAAUCUUCAUCUGCAUCGGCAAGUCGAGGAACUCUGCAAGGCCAGAAUUUCCAUACUCCGCAAGGAGAGACUUGGAUAUGAUUUGAGCACUCAUGGCGUUCAACCCAGCUCGACGGAAGAAAAGCUCCCAGGGUGAUUCUUCCAAAGUGAUGACAUUUGCGAGACUGG